UUACAAAAUGCUCAUUAAGAGGAAGGAGGAUUGUGAGAUAGCAACUGAAAUCUGGUGAACAAGCUUACACUAGAAGAGAUAAGAGAGUGAAGGGCUUCUAUAGGAGGCACCGCCAGCUCUAUCCAAUUACUGGGACCUGGAUGGGGGGGGCUGUGGAAAUGAGAGCCAGAGCGAGAAAGAGAGAGAGUUGGAUCACAAGCUCCAACUUCCAAACUUGUCAACCGUCAGUGACACAAGACGUUGAUACCCAUUUGCAGGGGGAUAAAAUAGGCGGCACCAGAGCAACGCUUUUGUUGAGUCCUGUGGCCAGCUAGAACGAGGCCAUGGAACCCGCAGGCUUUCAGCUGUGGGCAGCCGUCUCCAUUCUGGUGCACCUUGCAAACGGUAGUCCCAUCAUGAGCCUAGACAUGCCUCUCCUGGAGGAAGACAGGCCGUUCUUUGACGAACAGGAUGCCUUGCUUCAGACUUUGCAGAACGAGUUGCUGAAGGCGCUCAACAUCUCCGACAUCCCCCUGCAAGAGACGGCAGCCAAGGUGGACCCUCCGGAAUACAUGCUGGAGCUCUUUAACAGGUUUGCCACUGAUAAGACCUCCAUGCCAUCGGCCAACAUCAUCAGAAGCUUCAAAAAUGAAGAGCAGAUUCCGCAGCCCAUCCACUUCAAUGGAAUACGGAGGUACCCUCUUCUCUUCAACGUCUCCAUUCCACACCAUGAGAAAAUAACAAUGGCGGAAUUGAGGCUCUACACUCUGGUGCAGGAGGACAGGAUGUUCUACAAUGGUCUCAGCAGGAAAGUCACCAUCCUGGAAGUGCUCGAGGAUGACCGUGGAAGAGGGAAGGAGGAAGAGGAGAGGAGAAUGAAAGUUCUGGCAUCCCGGCACAUUUACAGCACCGACAAUGAAUGGAAAACGUUUGAGGUCACGGAGGCCAUCAGGAGGUGGCAUCACUCUGACUCCACCACUCAUCAGCUGGAGGUGCAGAUUGAGAGCCGAGGGGGAGAGGAGGCUGUCGGAGGAGGGAAAGCAGAUAUAGACAUUGAUUCGGAGACCAAACAUGAGCCUUUACUCAUUGUGUUUUCAGACGACCGAAGCCAUGCCCAGAAAGAGGAGAAGCACGAACUGAAUGAGAUAAUAGAGCACGAGCAAGAUUUGCAGGACCUGGACAUGAAUGAUUUCCAUACCAGCCCCAGAAAGGAGAAACUUCUGCAGAUCAGAUCCAACAUAAUCUAUGACUCCACAUCCCGGAUAAGGAGGAACGCCAAGGGGAGCAGCUGCAAAAAGACUUCGCUCUAUGUGGAUUUCAAGGAGAUUGGCUGGGAUUCCUGGAUCAUUGCACCUCCAGGCUAUGACGCCUCUCAGUGCAGGGGAGCCUGUUCCUUCCCUUUGGACGAUCACCUCACGACCACCCAUGCCAAGGCCCGGACUUUGAUUCACUUGAAUGAUCCCCAGAAGGCUUCUCCAGCUUGUUGUGUACCUACCAAGCUGGAUCCCAUCUCCUUACUCUUCUUAGAUAACGGAGUUGUCACCUACAAGCUCAACUACGAAGGCAUGGCUGUCUCAGAGUGCGGGUGCAGAUAGUAGAAGGAUGCUCCCCACCCACAGGGCUUUGGGUCCUCCUCAGAUUAUUUAAUUGUUUCAUCUGUAUAUUUGUACAGUUUUGAUUUGUACAGACUUAAUAAGCUUAUUUAAUGAGGCAUGUACAGAUAAUUAGAGACAAAGGAAAUGGGCAACAGAUUAGAGGGGGUGUAUUUUUCGCUUUCACAGUUGGCUUGGGGAAAGCAGGAUUGUGCAUCUUCGCUUUACUCAAGAGUCAGUUUACACAAUCAGCAGAAUCCAGUGUUAAUUCUCUCCCCUUAUCCCAGAUUAUACCACUUCAAACUGCCCAUGGUUCAAUUCUCCCCCACAAAAUAAAAUGCCUCGCAGUCGUUUCUGCUGACUGUGUGAACUAACCCCCCAAAAUCUGGCCACCAAAAACCACUUCAAUGCCCCCCUUUGUGUCCAAACCAGGAUUUGCAUACUGUACACAUGAAGGAUGUUAUUUUUAAAUAUAUUUCUGAGAACUAACUCAAUCAAUCGGAUGGUUAUAUGAUGCAUUCAGAAGAAAUUAAAAUUGCUGGACACAGUAUCGGUAAUGUUGAUGUGCACGGAUCUAGCCCCCACCCCCAUGUCACUAGAAAUUGCCUCAGAUACAAAUUGUGCAGCACGCUCGGUCCUUGCUCCUGCCAACCUAGCAGUUCAAAAGCAUGUCAAAAUGCAAGUAGAUAAAUAGGUACCACU